AUGGAUCAAGAUAUAUCAUAUUCAACCACCGUUGAACUUUCGAUAGCCUGCAGAAAUUUGUGCGACACUGGUGUUUUGUCGAAAUCCGACCCACUUGUUGUUGUGUUUGAAAAGUCAUUCCCUGAUAAUCAAUGGGUUGAACUAGAUAGGACGGAAACCAUACAUAACCAUUUAAAUCCUGAUUUCGCUAAGAAGAUUGUCAUGGAAUAUCAUUUUGAGGAGCAACAACGUUUAAAUUUUGUUGUGUAUGAUGUCGAUUGGAAGUCAGAUAAGUUAGAAAAACAUGAUUUUCUUGGCAAUUGUGAGACAACUCUUGGUGAAAUUGCGUCUUCUGGAAAGAUAAGUAAACUCUUAAAAAAUGGUCCUUCGAGUGAUUGUGGGUCAAUUAUUAUUUCUGCAGAGGAAGUUUCUUCUUGUAAAGAUGAAUUGACACUUGACAUUUCUGGGAGGAUGCUAGAUAAAAAAGACAUAUUUGGAUCAUCUGAUCCUUUCCUCGCAUUUUACAGGGUAAAUGAAGACAGAAGUCGAACAGUCGUUUAUAGAACAAAAGUGAUAAGAAACACAUUGAAUCCAAACUGGGAGCAAAUGAUUAUACCAUUAAGGCUUUUAUGUAAUGGAGAUCAUUACAGACCCCUGGUCAUUGCUUGCAUUGACUGGAACAGGAGUGGAAGAGAAAGUUUGAUUGGCGAAAUCACUACAUCUGCUAAUGAAUUGUUAACUAUGUUUAAUAAUGGGAUAUAUUCACUUGAUCUUAUUAAUCCCCACAAAGCUAAAAGGCAUAAACAUUACCAGAAUUCUGGAACUCUGCAUUUGAAUUUGGUCAGGAUCGAAAAAGUAUACAGCUUUCUGGAAUAUGUCCAAGGAGGUACUGAACUAAGCUGCUGUAUUGCAAUAGAUUUUACAGCAAGUAAUGGUAGUCCACAAGUUCCCGGUACAUUACAUUACAGCACAGUUACUCAACCAUCACAGUACGCGGUUGCUUUACAAGCUGUAGGAGAAAUAAUCAGUGAUUACGAUAGUGAUAAUCUAUUUCCUUCAUUUGGAUUCGGUGCUUGUAUUCCACCUGAUAAUAAUGUGUCACAUUGCUUUCCCCUGAAUGGACACAUGGAUAAUCCGUACUGUGAGGGUAUUCAAGGUGCAAUGGCUGCUUAUGCCCAUUCAUUGAGAACAGUAAAGUUCCAUGGACCAACAAAUUUUGCUCCAAUCAUUAACACAGUAGCUAGUAUUGCUCGUCAGUCUGUCGAUGGUUCUCAAUACUCCAUUUUACUGAUUCUCACUGAUGGGAUCAUAUCAGAUUUGCCUCAAACAAAGGCUGCUAUAGUAAAUGCGUCCAGUUUACCUUUAAGUAUCAUUAUUGUUGGCGUCGGUCCUGCGAAUUUCGAUGAAAUGGAAGAACUUGAUGGUGAUGAAGUAAGACUAAGUUCUCGUGGAAAAACGGCGAUUCGUGAUAUUGUUCAGUUUGUUCCUUUUCGCAAUUUCCACCAGUUGAAUAAUGUUCAAGAGAGUAAAAGACGUUUAACUAAAGCUGUUCUCUCAGAAAUCCCAGAUCAAUUGGUAUCUUAUAUGCGAAUGCAAGGAAUUAAACCGUUGAAUACACAAAAUAAUGAUUUUAAGAUAGGAACACAUUCAGAAUUCAGGGAUUCAAGUUGUAAAAUGUAUCAUUCAGAUAAAUUGCCUCACGCUCCACCUUAUCCUACUGAUAUUGCUAAUCCACCUUAUCCAAAUUGUUAA